GCCAGCCUCGGCGCGCGGCCACCAUGUCCGCGCCGUCGGAGGAGGAGGAGUAUGCGCGUCUGGUGAUGGAGGCGCAGCCGGAGUGGCUGCGCGCCGAGGUAAAGCGGCUGUCCCACGAGCUGGCCGAGACCACGCGUGAGAAGAUCCAGGCGGCCGAGUAUGGGCUGGCGGUGCUGGAGGAGAAGCACCAGCUCAAGCUGCAGUUCGAGGAACUCGAGGUGGACUAUGAGGCCAUCCGCAGCGAGAUGGAGCAGCUCAAAGAGGCAUUUGGCCAGGCACACACAAACCACAAGAAGGUGGCUGCUGAUGGUGAGAGCCGGGAGGAGAGCCUGAUCCAGGAGUCAGCCUCCAAGGAGCAGUACUAUGUGCGGAAGGUGCUGGAGCUGCAGACAGAGCUGAAACAGCUGCGCAACGUCCUUACCAACACUCAGUCUGAGAAUGAGCGCCUCACAUCUGUGGCCCAGGAGCUAAAGGAGAUCAACCAGAAUGUGGAGAUCCAACGUGGUCGCCUGCGGGAUGACAUCAAGGAAUACAAGUUCCGGGAGGCCCGUCUACUUCAGGACUACUCGGAGUUGGAGGAAGAGAACAUCAGCCUGCAGAAACAAGUGUCUGUGCUCCGGCAGAACCAGGUGGAAUUUGAGGGCCUCAAGCAUGAAAUCAAGCGCCUAGAGGAGGAGACAGAGUACCUCAACAGCCAGCUAGAGGAUGCCAUCCGGCUCAAGGAGAUCUCUGAACGACAGUUGGAGGAGGCGCUGGAGACGCUGAAGACAGAGCGGGAGCAGAAGAACAACCUACGCAAGGAGCUGUCGCACUACAUGAGCAUCAACGACUCCUUCUAUACCAGCCACCUGCAGGUCUCCUUAGACGGCCUCAAGUUCAGCGAUGACACUGUCACUGCAGAGCCCAACAACGACGCUGAAGCCCUGGUCAAUGGCUUUGAGCACAGUGGCUUGGUCAAAUCAUCCUUGGACAACAAGACAUCCACACCUAGGAAGGAUGGCCUGGCUCCACCCUCCCCUAGCCUCGUUUCCGACCUGCUCAGUGAACUCCACAUAUCUGAGAUCCAGAAGCUGAAGCAGCAGCUGGUGCAGAUGGAGCGGGAGAAGGUAGGCCUGCUGUCCACACUGCAGGACACACAGAAGCAGCUGGAGCAGGCUCGGGGAACCCUCUCUGAGCAACAUGAGAAGGUGAGUCGUCUCACAGAGAACCUUAGUGCCCUCCGGCGCCUGCAGGCUGGCAAGGAGCGACAGACUUCCCUGGAUAACGAGAAGGACCGUGAUAGCCAUGAGGACGGUGACUACUAUGAGGUGGACAUCAACGGGCCUGAGAUUCUGGCCUGCAAGUACCAUGUGGCUGUGGCUGAGGCUGGCGAACUCCGGGAGGAGCUCAAGGCACUGCGCAGCACACACGAAGCUCGUGAAGCCCAGCAUGCAGAAGAAAAGGGCCGCUAUGAGGCUGAGGGCCAGGCACUCACUGAGAAGGUGUCUCUGCUGGAGAAGGCUAGCCACCAGGAUAGAGAGAUGCUGGCCCAGCUGGAAAAGGAGCUGAAGAAGGUGAGCGAUGUGGCUGGUGAGACCCAGGGCAGCCUGAACGUGGCUCAGGAUGAGCUGGUGACUUUCAGCGAGGAGCUGGCCAAUCUCUACCACCAUGUGUGCAUGUGCAACAACGAGACGCCCAACCGUGUCAUGCUGGACUAUUACCGUGAGGGCCAGGGCAAGGCCGGCCGCACCAGCCCGGAGGGCCGUGGACGCCGUUCACCUGUUCUUUUGCCCAAGGGGCUUUUGGCCACAGAAGUGGGCCGAGCAGAUGGUGGGACUGGGGACAACAGCCCUUCACCCAGCUCUUCACUGCCGUCACCAUUGAGUGACCCCCGCCGGGAACCUAUGAACAUCUACAACCUGAUCGCCAUCAUCCGAGACCAGAUCAAGCACCUGCAGGCGGCCGUAGACCGUACAACCGAGCUGUCCCGGCAGCGGAUCGCCUCACAGGAGCUGGGUCCUGCUGUGGACAAGGACAAGGAGGCACUCAUGGAGGAGAUCCUCAAGCUGAAAUCACUGCUGAGUACCAAGCGGGAGCAGAUCACCACACUUCGUACUGUGCUCAAAGCCAACAAGCAGACGGCUGAGGUGGCCCUCGCCAACCUAAAGAGCAAGUAUGAAAAUGAGAAGGCCAUGGUGACCGAGACCAUGAUGAAGCUACGGAACGAGCUCAAGGCCCUCAAGGAAGACGCAGCCACCUUCUCCUCCCUGCGCGCCAUGUUUGCCACCAGGUGUGACGAAUACAUCACACAGCUGGAUGAGAUGCAGCGGCAGCUGGCAGCCGCAGAGGAUGAGAAGAAGACUCUUAACUCCCUGCUGCGCAUGGCCAUCCAGCAGAAGCUGGCGCUCACCCAGCGGCUGGAGCUGCUGGAGCUGGACCAUGAGCAGACCCGCAGGGGCCGCAACAAAGCAGCCUCCAAGGCCAAGCCAGCCACACCGAGCGUAAGUCACACCUGCGCCUGUGCCAGCGAGAGGGCGGAGGGCGCCGGGCUGGCCAACCAGGUGUUCUGCAGCGAGAAGCACAGCAUUUACUGUGACUAGGGCUGUGGGGCGCCGCACACCGCUAACGUCUGCUUCACCUCAACUAACCCAGCUGCAGCAGUGGGACAGCAAUGCUAGGCCGGUCUUAACGUGACUAACGCACAGAGGGCGGCAUUGUAGGCAAGUGGCAGCAUUGGGGUACAUCUGUCACCAGGACACUUUGAGCUUUGUGCUGCUUUUCACUCCACAGCCCCCCCCAGGAUAUCCCAUGUCAGUUGCUGUCUUUUGGGAUGCUGGUAUCAAAGGUAGGGGUGGAACUGCACACCUCUGUGGAAGACAGUGGGGUGAAAGUGUUUUCCAGGGCCUCCAGGCACUGUUAGGCGAACCCAAGGGUGAGUUCUUCCCUGGGCACUCACAGGGGCAGAACCUGAGUUAAAACUUGCAUGUUCCUCGCAUGUGUCUAAUAUCAGCACUUGAAAGCAGUUUUGUGAGGCUCUAGCCUGCAUCAUAGGACUAGCCUAGGUUAGCUCUCUGUGAUUGGCGUAGUUUCAUGAAGAGUUUCCUUGUAGUCUGUGCAGCAUCUCACUGCAAACCACAUUCAGGACAGAAAUGGAGCACUUCCCCAGUCCCAGAGGGAAUUGACCCAGAGAGCCUGCGUUCUGCAGUGAGCCCCCACACCUCAGACACAACCAUAGCCCAGACAGGCAGAGCGUGGGCUGCAUUCUGCAGUGAGCCCCUCACACCUCAGGCACACAUAACCAUAGCCCAGGGAGUGCCUGGGGUCCUCAGUUUCCUUCUUUGAUGAGAAAGUGCUCCGAGUGCCUGGUCAGAUCCUGGUCCUUGGUGCAGAGCCUGUUCUCUGGUCCUCUCUUGUGCUUGAGUCUUUUCCUAGAAUCGGUCAGACCCAAGGAAGCAGUCUUUUGGAACUGUUAGUGCUCUACCACACUGCACAGUGCAGUAGAGUCCCUUGGUGUGCUAGGGACACCUUUUAUGGGCCUGGAGCUGUACUUAGCACCAGCAGGUAAGAGUUGUGCAGUUCUCAGUGCACUUUGGGGAUACUACAGAAGGAGGAAAGGCCACCGAGGGCUCUCCUUUCUCAGAUGCUCUGUCAGUGCAGCACUGUGGCAUCAGGUUUUUGCUUAAGUGACUUGUAAAGCAGGACUUUGCUCAGUAUUUCUCUCCCAGUCCCUAUGGGGCAUCUAGUCUUGAGACUCCCAGCUCCCGUGACAGCUGCUUGGCUAUCCCUGUGGAAAGGCAUCUUUCUUGGUGUGGUGAAAUUGCUACCCACUAUGGGACCCUGUAGUCUCUCAAAAAAACAGUUUUCUCUUUCUUUCCUCUGGUGCCUGGGGUGUCCCAGUCUGUUCAGAUUCUAGGCACCACAUGGUCAUAGACUGUGGAUAGAACAGGCCACAUGUGUCCCUUGCAUGUCCAUCCUGGGAAUGGCUGCCUGCAUGCCCACCCACCUUCUGCUUUUCUUUCUCUUGGGGCCAGACCACAGCUCCUCUUACACUGUUUGGGGCUUUGUGGGCACUUGAAGCCCCAUCCCCUAACACACAUGCAGGCCUUCUCUGCCAACUAAUGUGCUCGCUCACUCCCAGAACAAGAGCUGUAGCUGUCAAGUGAGCAGGAAGUGGCACGUGACUGAUUUCUAAUGCUGUCUUGUUUUCUCCUGUUUUCAGCUGUAGAGUAGCUGCUGGGAGGACGUGGCCACCCGGCCCCGUCACACUGCAGCCCCUCCCCCUUCCCUCCUGUGGCCCAUGCAGAGGAAGGAAGGGCAGCCUAAAGUCCACUUAGAAAUGUUUGGAUAUGCCACUGUAAUUCUUUUCAAAAUAUAUGCCACUGUAAUUCUUUUCAAAAUAGCAUUCCCCAAGUUUUUAAUGGGAGGAAAAAAAGCUUUACUAUUGAAAAUGCUGCGAGCUGCUGCUUGGGAAGGCCUCUGGCCGAAGAACCUGCUUCCACCAGCCACCGCCAGGCUCACUAGGAGCCUGUGAACGCCUGCCCUGGGGUCUCUUUAUUACACAUGCUCCUUUUUUAUCCGAUCAACCUGUGCACUUUUGAUAUUUUGAUAUUAUAUUUGCUUCCUUAAUUCCUUGCAUAGAGACGGUCUCCAAUGCCGUGGUCUGUGCUUGUGGUCCUGUAGCUGUCCGUCCUAGCUCUGGUGUGCUGACCUGUGUCAGCAUGAGGUAGAGCUGUGCUCCCUGGUGUGUAGCUAGACUUCGGGUGAGGCUCCGACCCGGCAGGGAGCUGCCUAGUGUGUCUGUGCUGUGGCUCAGCAGCCUUCAGCAGACACGGCAUUGUGGUUCAUGUUUGAAAUUACAGAUUUGAAAUGCCAUGUUCAUUAAGAAAUCCAGGGUAUUCCAAUUCUGGGGUUUUUUCAUAUUGUAUUAUUAUUAUUAUUCUUAGGAAUAGUUCAAUGUAACAAGAAGAAAACUUGACCUUUGCUCUGGUUAAAACAAUAAUAGGCACUUGAAAGCAUAAAUUAUUGAAUGAGUAGUAUUACCUAUAAAUUCCAGAAUUUUCUGGGUUUUAGGACAUUGUGAAGCAUGACUGACUAACAGAAUUUUAUACAACUGCACCAGUGAAAUUCCAAAUUGGAAUUGUUUUGUUAUUCUGGUUGUCGUGCCAAAUUGUGGUACACUUAGAAAAUUCUACAGCCGUCGAUUUUUAGGUGUUCUAUUUCAACACCUUCUUGUUAGUAACCAUUGCCAGUAGUGCCUUCAUCAGUUCAGGGAGGUGUCCCAGCCGAGUCAGGUCUCCAGGACGGGCAGCAGAGCUAGUUGGGAAUGCUGAAGGCCAUUGUGGAGCAGCUGGUACCUGCCUCACUUCGUACUUGGGCAUCUUCAUUGAGGGAGAGAACAGUGAUUGUGCAAAACUCUGUUAGUCAGUGAUUCUUCACAUACAAAUUCAGGGGCUCAGAAACAAACACACACACAAACCUGGACUGUGCUUUGGGAACCAAAUGGACUUCAUGGGACAAGCUAAGCAAGCUGUACGGACAUCACGUUUGUGAAGAGCUGAGGACAUCAGGAGAGCCGGCGCAGUCGGCAUGUGAGUAGGGAAGAGGGUUAGCCAUAGUAUUCUUUGCAAAUGUGAAAGUAAGACAUUAUAUCUUCUCUUGCUUGGUGUAACUAAUCACUGUUAAUUUCAGGAAACAGAAGUCAGUAUAACUCCUUAGUAAACUCCUUGCUAAGUGAGGUUCAGAGUGUGGUCAAAUUGGUACUAGUGGAGGAAGAGAGAUUGUCCUCCAGCCUAAAAAGGGACAAAUUAUAAUAAUAUAAAUUGUUAGGAAUUGAAGAAUUCUGUUUCCUGGAAUGAGCAUUUCUUAUUCCUAGUUGUUGGGACUCUUUGCCUUCUGUUACAGUGUUGAUUCAUACAAAAUAUUGUUACAUUUAAGAUAACAUCAUCUGUAUGGGGUAUUUAUUUGCAAUGAUGUCUAAGUACUGUAUUUUUUUCUGUGUGUUACCUUAGUGUCAGAAUGUUGGUCUUUAUUUUAAAAGUCAUAUGCAUGUUCUCCUGCCAAGGCACCUUUACACAGACCCAAAACAAUGAUGAGUGGAUGCCUUCUGUUUUUGAGCAAAUGAGGCCAAGUGGGGAGAAGGCAUAGGAAGGUGAGACUAGCCGAGACUUUGGUCGCGGUUGAGGUCGGACCGUCUCCACAGCCAGCACACAUAGGAAAAGCGGGCCUGGGUAAAGAGUCGCAUUGGUAGGACCAAUAAAGAGUAAUAAAACAAUUGAAGCACA